AUGCAUGGACGUUCUACCAGGAAAAAGCCACACAUAUCGGAAAUUAACCAGCAGAAACGCCUGCAGUUUGCCAAGGACUACACCAGCAAGCCGAUGGAGUUUUGGAACUCUGUAAUAUUUCGGGACGAAUUGAAGUUCAAUGUGUUCGGAUUUGAUGCAAGAAAGAAACUUCGGCAGAGAAGCAGAAGGAAACUUCUGGCAUCUGACACAUUAAUAACCAAAGACACGAUCAGGAAAAUAGUUAAGGUUGCUGGAGUAGUCCAUCUGAAACUAUCUGAGAAAAUCCAAAGCCUCCUGGAGAAGAGAUUCGCCGAGAAGUCUGAAGCUGACACUCCGUGGAUUUAUCUCAAUAAGAAAUGUAUUCAGGGCGACGUGGACGCGAACGGCGAGAAGUCAGACUUCUUCGCAGUCAAGGAGGAGAUUGCGAAAUUCACAAGGGAGCAGAUACUUAUCCUUUGUGAUAACGUAUCUGGAAAGGAGAAAAAGUACUAUAUCUGCGUGACAGAACCAGCAGAAGAUACAGUGCUGAGAACUGUCAACCAGGAGAAGACCGUAUCAGAGGAGAAAGUCGUAAACGCAGUCAGAAGAAAAGUUAGGCCAUGGAGAAGCCUGGGCAGUUCUAUGGAUGUCGACGUUGAUGUACUGAGAAGUAGCCGUCCCUUGCAUGAAACUAAAACGACAAUCACGGGAAUUUUGUCCAGAAGUGAAGAUCAGCUUUCAGAACGGGACCCCUGUGAAGAAGACGGAACCUACACUGCAGUGGGCAUAGAGGAGAUUGAUAAAGUAACGAUACACAGGAGGAGAUACGACACUGGCGUCCAGGCUGUUCCUGAAGUUCAGUCCUCAGAAGUGCAGACACAUCCAGGACUUCCAGUCAACGUGUGGUCACAGUACUCUUACGAUGUCGACGAAAUAGGCCAGCUGCAACCUGACAUUUUAGUCAGGUCAUCACGCUUCCUAAAAGCUAAACAAUCGGAAAUUGAAGACGCUCUUAAAUACAAUGAAGCAUUCGAUCACCACAAAGAUGACUAUCAGAACCUCAUCCUAAGGAAGAGAGACACAGAAAUCCCGAAGCAACUAACUUAUGAAGAACAAGAAAUCUUUAUUGAUGUUCGAUUGUGCAAAGGAAAAAUUAUAUCGUGCGCUGCUUGGCAUCCAAAGAGAGAAGUCCGAUUUGGAAGUAAGAUGCAUCGUUACUGA